AUGGAAGAAAAGGAAACUAUUGCUGAGUACAUAUUUAAAAUCAAUAACCUUGUCAACAACAUAAAAUCUCUUGGAGAAGAUAUUAAAGACUCUGAUGUAUGCAAGAAGAUACCCAGGUCUCUUACUUCCAGGUCCAAUCCUAGGGUUACUAUUCUAGAAGACAAGGAUUUGACAAACAUGAAGAUUGAUGAACUUCAAGCCUCUUUAACAGCCUAUGAAAUGAGGAUUGGUCCUCCAACUUUACUAAGAGAAACUACUCUCAAAGCCAAGGAAGUUGUUGAGGAAGUUGAUACAAAGUCUGAAGAUGAUUUAGAAGAGGAUGAAGUGCUUUUUCUUGCUAAGAAAUUCAAGAAAUUCAGUAAACCUGGUCAUGUGGUGUCAAACUGUCCUAGUUCAAAGGGGCAAUAUCAAAGGAAGUUUGAAGGGCCAAAUAACAAGGGAAGGUUUGAAAGGAAGCCAUUAAUUACUGAUUGGGAUAUAGCUCCUGAAGAAGAAAAAUCUGAAGAACCACAAGAAGAUGAUUGUUUCUUUAUGGCCAUUCUUGAAACACCAAUAUACUCAUUCCAAGUUGAAGAAGAUAGUGACACUGAGAUAGAAGAAAUCCUAGAAGAAUGUGAAAGACUUGCUGUGAAGUGUAACACUCAAUGGUCUACUAAGAGGUGUAAAGAAGAACUGCCUCUUAUUCUUGAAGAGAGAUCCUUAAAAAUGGCUAAGAUUUGGAAGCAAUCUACUAAGCAAAUUGGAAAGACUAGAAUUGGCUAUGUGUAUGAUACAGCCUUACAGUUUAAACAAAAUCACUCUGUGCUUGUUAAGGCCACAACUGGUGAAGUGUAUGCUAGUGGCUAUUCAAGACACAUGACAAGUGAUGGUUCCAAAUUUGUCUCUCUUAAACAAUUUGAUAGGGGAAAUGUUGUCUUUGGAGACAAUAAAAAGGCAAAGAUUAUGAGCAAGUUUGAAGAAUUACCUGAGAUCCAAGAAGUUCUACUUUUUGAAGGACUUAAACACAAUCUCCUUAGUGUUAGCCAAGUUUGUGACAGUAGGAAAAGAAUUUGCUUUAAUAAGGAAAAGUGCAAUGUGGUUGAUCUAAAGUCCAAACAGGUCCUAUUUACAGCUUGUAGAUCUUCAGGAAAUGUGUAUCUUGUCACUGAAGAAACUCAGUCCACUCAAUGCAAUCUGACAACCUGUGAUUAA